CUGCUUUCAGAACGACCGGGGUAAAAAUGAGACACACAAAGGGUUCCAUAUCAAGUAAAGAACGAAAAAGAGGUCGGAGAAAAUCUUUAAGCGACGAUUCAGCAGGCAAUGAUGUUCUAGGGAGACCUGAUGUUAUAAGGGUCAAAAUUGAAGAAUUGCAAGGGGAAAUUGCCACUCUAACGUCACAUCUUAAUACAGAUGUACGAUUUAUCAAAAAUCUUGUCAUUAUGAUACCAUACAAAGCUGCUACGCGCGAUCGGAUAAUAAACGUAGCUUCUGGCAUUGGAAAAAGGAUUAAACAGACCUUUCUAAAAUUAACUCGACUAGUUUGUUAUCACGAAAUAAUGGAAAAAGAUUUGUGUCAGUCUAUUAUGGAAGAUCAAGAUUACUGGUCAAGAAGAAAGAGCACCAAUAAAAGCGGAUAUGAACGAAAAUACCGGGGAGGAACUAUUAAGCGAGACCGCAAUGCAAAAUCCGAAUAUCAUAGCGAAAUUGAACGGCAGAAUACGGUAUCAACAUACACGUUGGAUUCAGCAGCACAUAGCCCAGAUUCAUCUAUCACAUAUUCAGUUCUCGCCACACCCGUACAAACACCUUCAAUUUUAGAGGCCAAUUCAACGGGUUUCGAUUUUGAGACGAAUUAUGAUUUAUUCGGACUUGGUGCGUCAAACACGAACAAUGAUGUACGAAGAAAAGAUAGUUUACGGGAUGAUGUUUCCAGUUUUAUAGAAAUUGGAUUCGAAGAUGGUAAAGAUUUGGACAAUGAGAAAGCGAUUGAUUCGAGUAAUAAGACAAUAUUCGAUGAAAUGGAGGGGACAAUCAUUAACUCAAAUAAUAGCAAAGAAUUUGUAGAUGCGGAAGAGGGUGACAUCUAUUAUUGA